AGCAAGCGAACAGAGUCUGCGCGAAACAGGCAUCAUAUGGUUUUGUAUUGUACGGACUGUCAAUUAGUCGUAAAUGUAAACUUUUGGUGUUCGGCUCGAAUUAGUUAGAUAGUUAAUGUGUCGAAUCGCAUCUAAAUUUUAAGACAAAAUGACGUCGAAAAUAAGCAAGAGCGGAAUUCAAAUAGUAUUUGUUACAUUUAUUACAAUUGUAAUGAUGCAAUUGUGUACGGCUGAACUAUUUACGGCCCUUAGCGAUAUGGAAGAACUAUUGGAAACUGAAGCUGUUCUCAUCAAUAAUUUGGAAGCAUAUGUGGAAGCUCAAGAGCAGAAAUUGAAUUUCUUAAGAAGGCGAAUCAAUGAAUAUCAAAGGGAACACGAUGAGGCAGCCAGAGACAUAAGUACAUACAUAUCGAAUCCAAUAAAUGCAUACCUGCUAACAAAACGUUUGACCAGCGACUGGAGCAUUGUCGAACAAGUGAUGUCACACGAUCUUGCUAGUGAAUUCUUAGAAAAUGUAACGAUGCAUCGAAAUUUCAUGAAAUUUCCGUCGGAAGAAGAUUUAAAUGGUGCGGCUGUUGCAUUAACACGCCUUCAGGACACAUACAAUUUGGAUACAGCAGCCAUUGCACGUGGCGAAUUGAAUGGAAUUAAAUACAGCUCGCAAAUGUCGUCGCACGACUGCUUCGAGAUGGGACGACAAGCGUAUUUGAAUAGCGAUUUUUACCAUACAUUGUUGUGGAUGAACGAAGCAAUGGCUAGAUUGAAUAAUAACAACAACACCAGCACCAACAACGAGCCAGCUCUCGUUCCAAAGGCUGACAUUUUGGAAUAUUUGGCGUUUUCCGUGUUCAAACAAGGUGACAUACGUUCGGCAUUGGAAAUGACAAACGAACUGCUGACAAUAUCACCAAAUCAUGAUCGAGCCGUCGGUAAUAAAGCAUUUUAUGAAAAAGAAUUGGCAAAAGAAAUUGAAAUGAAAGCUGAUAAGAUGCUACGCGGCGAUGAUGGUUCACCGGAACUAAAUGAUGGACCGCAAAAAAUUGGCGUUGUCGAUCCAAAAGUAUAUACAACCGAAGAGCGUAAACAAUAUGAAAAAUUGUGCCGCGGUGAAAUUGUUCGAGAUGGAAAAUUAUUAGCACAAUUGAAAUGUCGAUAUGUAACAAAUAAAUCAGCAUUUUUGAAAAUUGCACCACUUAAAUUAGAAGAGGCUAGUCUAAAACCAUACAUUGUAGUUUAUCAUGAUGUGAUAUAUGAUCGAGAAAUUGAAUUGAUUAAACAAAUGGCAAAACCACGGUUUCGUCGAGCGACGGUUCAAAACCAUAAAACUGGUGAACUGGAAAUAGCCACAUAUCGCAUUAGUAAAUCGGCUUGGUUGAAAGAUACAGAUGAUGACAUCAUACGGAAUAUUGGCGUACGUGUUGAGGAUAUGACAGGAUUAACGGUGAGCACAGCUGAAGAAUUGCAAGUUGUUAAUUAUGGCAUUGGCGGCCAUUAUGAGCCACAUUUCGAUUUUGCACGUCCCGAAGAAACGAAUGCAUUUGCCAGACUCGGAACUGGUAAUCGCAUUGCAACUGUUUUAUUCUAUAUGAGUGAUGUGGCUCAAGGCGGUGCAACAGUAUUUCCACAUCUAAAUGUUGCACUGUGGCCGAGAAAGGGAACAGCCGCCUUUUGGCUAAACUUACACAAAGAUGGUGUGGGUGAUUAUUCAACACGUCACGCUGCAUGCCCUGUUUUAACUGGAUCCAAAUGGGUUUCAAAUAAAUGGCUACAUGAAAAAGGACAAGAAUUUCUACUGCCAUGUGACCACGAACCAGAUCAUCCAGUGAGCGAAUUAAAUACACAGUAAGCGAAAGAAAAAAAGA